AUGGAUCGAUCGUGUCUUAAAAUUCAAAACAUUAUGAUCAACGGAAACCUCAGUGAGUUGGAGCAAUUAGUGCGGAAUGAAGACGACAACUCUUCUAUUACUAACCUGACCCUAGCGUACGCAGAGCUGAAGCAUCGAAACAUCCCCCUAACUGCUGAAAUAGUGCACUUUGUCGAGUACGAGCUAAUAAAGGCAAGCUAUCAAAAUACCGCUUAUCAGGUAGAUGGAAUAGCAAAGAAUGACGAGUUGUCCAGCCGUACGGCAGAUAUGGUGAAAUGCAUUGAUCUUAUCGAAAAGCAUCAUAAGACGGGACUAUAUACCGAUAUCGAUGAAUCACUCGUUCAUCGCCUGCGCCAGACUUAUGCACAUGUUUUCUUUUUAAAAACACACCAUCGGAAGCUGCCCCUUUUGCAGCUACAGUUUUGCAUCGGUGUGUUUUUGAAGCUCGUCACGGGAAAGCCCGUCAACGGGUUCGACAUCUAUGCAUUCACCAUUGAUAAAGUACGUUUAAUACGCUUUUUGAUGUUGAUCAGGGAUGAACUGGUUAAUUCACCUGCAGCGAAACUCACUUUCCAGCAGUACAUAGAAUGUGUGAUUGAAUGUUUAAAAUCCCCGUCAAAGAUGCCGGUGCGGGGAAUUCCCAAACGAGUUCGGACAUUCAUAAGGGAAGACAUUCGAAAAGAUGAAUCCAUCCUAUCUUGCGGUACCGACCUCAAGCCUGCUUUCGAUCAGCUUUCCCCACAGCUGCAGACAUGUUUGAAAGCUCACUAUGAAAAAACGAUCGAGUGGGAUCGUCGCCGGAGGUCGAAAACAAUGUUCAAAGAACUAAACGACACUUAUUACACCAUGAAGCAGCACUAUUCGAUCCUGAAGAUACUAACGUACAUCGACGGGUUGCAGGACGGCAGCGUUCCGUCGUCCCCGAUCGUCCCCCACCCAGUGCCAUCGUCGACUCGCAUUCGCGCCAUCAAGCGCACGCUCCAAGUAAUUGGUGAAACGAUCAAAAGUACGCGCGAAACGCCAAACAUUACGGCCAAGUUGAAUCGCGUGCUGCAGCUGAUUACUUCCGACGUGUUAACCGAGCGCACUAAAGAUCUGAGACAGUUCUUUAGCCACGGGUACCCCCUGUCCAAGUGGGAGCUGGAGCGAGAUGACCGGGGACAACCAGAUAAGCUUGCGACUGUAUUUCAAAAAAUCGAAACCAACCUUCGCGAAGCACGUCGUUGGUUCGUGUACACGCAGGCACAGCAAAAUUUUCGAAUUUAUCGACAAUAUUUGGGCUAUCUGCGAGGAUUCACCUCGAUCGAGGCUCUUCGGGACUACAUAGCUUUCGUUGGAACGGAGUUUAAGGCAAGCCUGAUCCAAUCGUUCCUCCCCGAACAGCUGACCGAAGCAAAGCUGCUGAUCGAAUACUUACUGCGUGACUUCGUGGACCCACCAUCGGAUGAAUCCGUUCGUGAAGAGCUUGAAUACAUUCUGCGCGAGCUAGAACUACGAAUUGUGGCUAUUCGCGUAGAAAAUAACUCUCUCGGACGAUCGGUGGAUGAGUUUUUCUUUCUAGAAACCUACGCCCGCCAACCGACGGUCUGUCUUGAUCGGGUGCGAGAAAUCGUCGAUUGGAUUCUGGCCAGCACAGAGCUUGCCAACCGACACAAGCUCGUACAGAAGACGGAUUUAAUGUACGCCCGAGAGUUGAUAGUUCGUUUGCAAACGGUCGAACAGGAUGAAACGCGCCGGUAUCUCUGGGGCAACGUGUGGGAGCGGUUAGCAAAGGAAAGCUUCCGUGGAAUCGAUGCCCUACUUGGUCGCACCGAACCCCGCAUCGACGUGGCACUAGAGGAGACGGUGAGGACACUUCAGGCACUCGGUCUACCGUUGGAGCUAGAGGAAUACGUUCAGUUUGCAAACCGAAGGCUGUCAAAAAGCUACUAUCCGAAUGUGUUCGUGCUGGACAACAAAUACCGGGUGCUGAAGGAGCUUAUCAAGGAUCGACGGGCGCAAGUAAAUACCCGGGCAGCUCUGGAGAAGCUAAAAGAAGCACGAAAAACCGAUGAACAAGUGCUUCAGCAAAUGUUUGACGACCUGCUGGACAGCAUGGCGGAAUUAUUGAACCGUUCUGAACAUAUAAGCACAGGAAAACUAUCCUCAAACGCGGAUCAUAUUGCACUAGAAUACUGCCUGUUGGAGGUCGCCGAAAUACUCUGCAAUGUAGGACUGUUUCGGGACAACAUGGCAGAUCUUGCAAUAACCGCGGUACCGGUCGUUACGGGGCGAAAUUUACGAAACUAUUUGGCACACGAUUUCCUUUCGUACGAUGCGCUGACCAAUUCGAGCAGGACGGUGGUUUUGAACGCGAAAUAUUUAGUCCAGAAUCGGUUAAAGUUGUACAACGUGGUUUCUAGCAACUCGAAACAUCCUUCCAUUGGGGCUGACGAGAGCUAUGGAAUUCAGCAAAUCUUUAACCAACAAACCAAAUGGACAGAACAGCAGAUAGAUUUUCUUGAUUUAAUCAAACAUUUUCACACGCACUCGCUGGCUCAAGUCAUUGAACAGGCGGAAGAGAGAGAUAACAGUGCAAAUCUCCUACUGCUGAGACAAAGCUUUCUGGAGCAAGAUGUACUAUCGAUCGCCAUAGAUGGAAAUCCUACCCAAUUUAUCGAGCAAGUACUCAAUUACGAGAAUAGAAAUGAUAAUUUUUUCCAUCUCCUAAUCAACUUUUUCAAGUGCGAUCAACUUACCGAAAAGGUCAAAAUGCUGAUACAGUAUCCGCACAUGUUUUGCUUUCGAUUGGCGCUCAAAUAUGGCCUACUAGAUGUGAUACGCAACGUUUAUCAAUCAUGUAAUGAGACUACUAUGCAGCAAAUUAUCGAUACCGAAUUAAGUGCCAUGUUCAAUCGUCUUCCGAAAGAAUUUAUCUGCGAGCUGAUGAAUCUGUUGCCACCGGAGUGGUUUCUUGGUGCGGGUGAUCAUCUAGGGAACACGAUCCUUCACUGGGCCGCAUUGCGUGGGGACGAGGAGCUUCUUCGUUUUGUACUCGGCCGCCACCGGACGCUGGUAAAUGAGAAGAAUAAAUUAGGCGAUGUGCCGCUGCUGCUCGCAUUACGUUACCAUGACAACGCGAUUGUGCAAUUGCUACUCGACUACGGUGCUGAUCCUUGCGUGAAUGUGAAGAUCAUACAAACCAUUGCUAGGCGUGACAAUCGGGAUUUGUUAAGUCGACUGCAUAACCAGCGGAAAAGGUUCCACUUCUCGGACCCCACCGAAAGUCACCUGAAUAAUCCACUUCGAGAUGCGUUGGAAGGAAACCACUACGAAAUGUUCGUAAUGCUUCAUCGAUCCUUUAGAUAUGGCAUCCAGUGUCGAGAGCUGCUGCACCUAGCAGCCCGAUUGAAUCGAGUUGAUGUUCUAAAGUACAUGCUGACCGUUUUGGAAGCGGAGCGGGAACACGAAACGCUCAUCGAUCUCGUAAACGGGGACCACCAUUUUACCCCACUGAUGUUAGCAUGUGGCAGCGGCAACUAUGAAAGUGCCGAGAUUCUUCUUCAGCACGGCGCAAACGGAUUGUUUCGGAACGAGAACAACUACUGUCCGUGGCACUGUGCCGUUCACAGUGGGAACCGAAAAAUCCUUACGCUCUUGCUGCCACUGCCGGGGUUAGAUGUUAACCUACUGACCAGAGACAAGCGUUCGGCGUUGACCAUUGCGAUAGAGAACGAACAAAGUACGUCCCAAAUUGUGACUCUGCUGCAGGCUGGGGUCAUUAUCCGGGCAGAAGAUGUACUGCGAGCGUGUUUACUAGAAGAUUUGGCCACACUCAAGCUGCUAAUCGACCGAAGUCCGGAGUUUCUAGCGGCAAGAGACUUUUUGCAACGUACUCCACUCAUCAUAGCCGUUGUGAUGAGAAACGAAGCGAUGGUACAGUACUUACUGGACCGCGGGGCCAACAUCGAUGAAGUGAACAGCAUGGGCAUGAACAGCCUACACGUGGCAGUGCUCAAUAAUUUAACUCACAUCUGUAGGAAGCUGCUGAGCGCAAAUGUUAAAAUUAACGCUGAAGAUGAUUGUGGACGGACGCCGUUGGUCAUAGCACUGGAGAAUGAACAUCUUGCGGUCGCCGAAAUGUUGGUACAGUGCGGGGCUUCCGUAGAAAGCGCUUACCGGUUCCGGUAUCCGUUGCAUCGUAAUGCCACGUUAUUGCAUAAGUUCACGAUUGAAAAUCGUCCUUGGAUGGUGGAGUAUUUGAUAAGUAAAUUUAACUUUCCUUCAGACGUUACAGAUGACGACGGAAAAACGGCAUCCAUGUACGAGAAUGUAAGUUGAAUUAACU